CAAUCUUCCCACCUCCCCUUCAUCCUCCCACAGUACAACAACCUCUACAAAACACCACAAAUACAAAUUUCUGGACAACUUUUAUUGUUCCUAGAAACUUACAACGUACGAAAAUACUCGGCUACCACUGCCAAAAUGGUUCUCGCAAAGUCGAAAAAUGCCGUGGGACUGGGCAACAGGUACGUGCCGUCAUUGAUUUGUUCUUUUGUCAGCAUCGACGUACUCACAAAUCGCAGUUUGAUGAACGAUAGAUUCGGAAAGGGAAAAGGAGCGGAUCGCAAAAAGGUCACAUCCGCCGGAAUCCACAGAAUCAAUCAUGCGACAGGAGAAACAGUUAGCGCACCGUGUAAAAUCCGUACAUUACUAUGAUGUGCUAACCAGAAACAGUAUGUCACCAACGAAAAGAAGGAGGCGAGUUGGGUCAAGAUGCGAUCGGUUACGGAGCAAGCUGCUCUCGAUGAAUUUUUGUCCACGGCAGAGUUGGCUGGCACCGAUUUCACGGCCGAAAAGAUGAACAAUGUCAAAAUUAUACAUACCGACCAAAAGAACCCAUAUUUAUUAUCCGCCGCAGAAGAGAGGGCCGCAGUAGGAAAGCAAAGAUAUCACAGGGAUAGGUUAACGGUACCCCGGAGACCACAUUGGGAUUCAACGACAACUCCUGAACAACUGGAUCGUAUGGAAAGAGAUAGUCUGCUGGAGUGGAGACGAGGUUUGGCGGAGUUGCAAGAAAAUAACGAUCUACUGAUGACGCCAUUUGAAAGAAACUUGGAGGUAUGGAGACAACUUUGGAGAGUCAUUGAGAGGUCCGACUUGGUUGUUCAGAUUGUCGACGCUCGAAACCCCUUACUAUUUCGCUCCGAGGAUUUGGAGAGAUAUGUAAAGGCGGUUGAUUCUAGAAAAGAGAAUCUGUUAUUAGUCAACAAAGCAGACAUGCUGACACUAGAGCAAAGGCAGGCAUGGGCAAAACACUUCCAAGAGGCAAAGAUUGCGUACAAGUUCUUUUCUGCAAGUCUUGCAAAAGAGAUGAACGAAGCUCGAGAUGAGGCCGAAGAAGAAGAGUCUGAAGAGGAGGAAGGGGAGGAGGCAGAAGCAGAGGCGUCUUCUUCAAUAACAAAAGAAACGGAAAACUUGAAGCUUGAGGAUCAAGCAGAGGAAGGCAAGGCUGCUGAGGACGAGGAAGAAGAAGAAUCUGAGGACGAAAGCACCCGCAUUUUGACCGUUGAUGAGCUUGAGGCACUUUUCCUAUUACACGCACCAGAAUCAGAAGGUAAUUUCACCAAUAUCAUGCCAUGUCUCACUCGCUAAUACUUUACAGACGCAAACUCAGAGAAUCCACGAAAAACACAAAUUGGUCUUGUUGGAUAUCCCAACGUUGGAAAAUCAUCUACCAUCAACGCCUUGAUUGGUACCAAAAAGGUGUCCGUGUCAUCUACUCCUGGUAAGACGAAACAUUUUCAAACAAUUCAUCUUAGCGACAAGGUCUUGUUAUGCGAUUGCCCGGGUCUCGUGUUCCCGAACUUCGCCACGACGAAAGCUGAGUUGGUAUGUAACGGAAUUCUUCCCAUCGACCAGCUGAGAGAGUUCACUGGACCAGCAGGGCUUGUGGCAAAGCGAAUCCCACAGGCCUUCUUGGAAGCCAUCUACGGAAUUAAGAUCUAUACACGUCCCUUGGAGGAAGGUGGUACUGGUGUGGCAACAGCUGAGGAGAUUCUCAUGGCAUAUGCUAAAGCAAGAGGUUUCAAGAGAACUGGUCAAGGUCAACCUGAUGAGUCAAGAGCCGCAAGAUAUAUCUUGAAAGAUUACGUUAAUGGCAAACUUUUGUUCUGUGCACCACCCCCAGGCGAUUACGAUCCUCUGGAAUUCAAUCGCGAGCUUUAUGACGAAGGUCACUUGCCCGAGAAGAGACGCCUCAAGCUAGCAGCUAUGGAAGCUAUGGACAACGAAGGGAUGUCCGCUGCCGAUUCGGAUGUAGUCUCUUUUCCGGAAGGCCCAAAGACUAAAAAACUCGAUGGUGCAUUUUUUGGUCUCGGACAGGGUUCUAGGGGACAUUUCAAAAUGCCUUUCGCACACAAGUACACCGAGCAAGGUACGGCAAGUGGUAAACAAUUGUCAGGCCGCAAGCAAAAUACGAUGUUAGCGCUGGAAAAAGACGUUGAUCCCAGUGAUGUGAAAAUGUUGACGAGUAAGAAGCACUUCAAAGGGGGGUCCAAAGGCAACGGGAAGCGGAGGGCAGAUUAUUUCGCAGAUUAAGGAGAGCUGCGUCGUGGUAUUGGAUGAUGUUGGUGGCAGAAACAAAAUGUUGGGCGGCUAUGCUAUGGGGGCAUUUGCAUGUCAUGACGGGUCUCGGGCAGGGCUGGCUCUUCAAAUAUGGCGUUGUGUUGGUUGGUAAAUGAUAUGCAUGAAUAAGGCUGCGAUUUUCGGGUGACAGCAAUUUUACGGUCUGUGAGAUCACAUAGGGAUACGUUUAUUGGUGAUGUACAGU